UGAAGUCGGGUCAAGCUCACGUCACCUGUGCUUUGAACCGACCCCACCCCUUCUGAUCAGAUCCGGAUCAAAUUGUCACAAUGCCCAUCAAAUCUGGAGCCCCUGGCAAUACACUCUUCUGUUUCAAGCCUGCGCUUACUGUGCUCAGUGUGCGCGACCUACUGACAGUCAAAAGUGUUGACCUGAAGAACCUGUCACCCUACCGCUGAGAGUCAUGUCUUUCACAAAGACGUAUUUCCUGUGUCCAACGUCGGAUUUUAUCCAUCCACCGCCAGUGGGUCCGCUAUCUCUUGGAUCUAUACUUCGCUCCACAUCAACGCCGCAAUACCCUCUUAAUAGAGCGAAACCAAUUGCCGUGGCCGAGGCAUUCCCGCCGGUCGUGGAGACCGACUGGAAGAGGACCAUCUCAACCGAGAAAGGGUUCGGUUGCGGUGUUUAUGCCCAGUUUCUGCAGUUGGCUACCGGCGGAUUGCCUCUCGGACCUGAGGUGGACAUCGAGAAUGCUAAAAAAACGGCGACCGUGUUCGCAUUUGACACGGUGACAACUAUAUCCUUUGAGCCAACGCAGGAAUAUAUAGAAGAAGCCAUCAAAGCACCCGCCGUGCAAACGUGGCUGAGGGAGCCCAAACAGAAAUUUGCCCCCGUUGUUUCGCUCUUUCUCGUCACGGGCAUAAAACUCGUCAGAGGCGCCAGAAUCAAGUACUCUACUUCGCAAAGUACAACAGUCAGAGGUAACAUUGGUUUUGACGUGACUGCGCUGGGUACAUCGAUGGGCCCCAAAGGUCACUGGGUCAGCACGAAUGACGAUGAGACAGAACUCAGUCGCGAAUCCGAGUUUGUGUUUGCAUUCCGCGUGAAAAGGCUAAGAUUCGGGCGGAGACUUAAGGUUGAAGAGUACAACAAGGGCGCAUUUCUCGCCGUUGGUGGAGAACAGGAAGACGACGAAUCUAUUUUGGUUGAGGAAGUGAACGGGUCAGACAUCGGGACUGCUCAAACCGUUUUUGAUGUGACCGAGAACGGCAAUGUCUUUUGUGUCCCCGCUUAGAUAUGCUACAAUACAAAUGAGACCCCGAUUGACCGUGCUGAGCUCAAUUCUAGACUGGAUUGUUGAUAGAUUUCUAGGUAUACAUACGUUUCUUAAUGUCCUUUAUCUUCUCAUAUACAUGCUCCCGUGUGGAACUUCGAUCAAAGAGUACGUGGGGUGUGAGAUAGUCAUAGCCUGCGCCUCGUGUAUGCCUGGCCAUACUCUUCAAAACCGCAUCCAUUGAAUCAGCACCUUGCAGCCACGGCCCCAGUAACUCAUUUCCUGGAUUGGU